UCUCACAUGCCCAGCAUUCAGUGAACACACUUGGACGAAUUGCUAUGGCAACUGGUUGCUAUGGGUGAUGUGACACCACCACAUACUCAUUUGGUGGGGGAGAGGGAGUUGGACAACAAAAGCCAGGAAUGCAAGCAAGGACGAUAAGCUGUUAUUUUGAUUUCUGAAUUGUUCGAAGGAUUGGGUUAAAAAGUUGAGCAAACGUAUGGCUCCGGGUAGGCAGCCAUAAUGGAAACUGAGCCUUCAUUUAUUUUUGGUGUCUAUCUGCUUGCUUAUGACGGAUCUUUUUUAGCAGCUCCUCCACAACAGGGGACUUGUUGAAUCUGAGGCUCCCCAUGAUGGCUGUCUGCUGCUGAGCCCACGGCGUUGCAGGAGGCUGGUGAGGAUGGCGGAGCACCUCCACAGCAGCACACUGUCUGCAUCUGGGGCCACGCAGCCCAUCCCUUUCCUCACCCUCGAGCAGAAGGCAGCCUUCGUCUUUGUGCUGCUCCUCUUCAUCUUCCUGGGCCUGCUGAUUGUGCGCUGUUUCCGCAUACUGCUAGACCCCUACAGCAGCAUGCCCUCGUCCACAUGGACAGACUACAUGGAGAAAGACACAUUCGACUACCGCAUCGCCUGAGAGACUGCCCAGGCUCAGCCGGGCAAUACGCCACACGAUGGCUACCUCAGCAUCCUCACCACCGAGUCCACCAUCGCCUCCUCAGUAUUGCUAUACCAUGCUGAUGGUGUGCCUUGGUGUGUCCUUCUUAAAAAAAUCACACGUUCCAAUACGCUCCCAUUUCUUCCAUCUGUUCUUAUGAGAUAUUUUACUGCCAGCACAAUACCUCACAAAUUUCACCACAGCUGAUAAAUGAUGUCAUAUCCAGCUCCUCUGAGAAGUAUUAGCGAUGACACAUCUGCAACUAAAACUAGCCAAUUACCUGUCACAGGUCAUUUGGGUGAGCUAUUUGGCUGACUUUUGUCAUGUCCUUGCAGUGUAAAUUAUUAAUCCUGAAAAUGAGGAUAAUCCUUCAUUGAAUUUAUCAUUCCACUACCUUUUUAAAGUGCUUUGGUUUACAGAUUUUUAAAUCCUCUGAGCUCUUUGUUGAAGAAGUACCGAGCUUUCGGCCUUAUGAUUCAGCGUGUUUACAGAGCUGCCAGAAAAAUCUGGCCUUGCUGUUCUAAAGCUACAUGUCAAUCAAUGUAAUGACCAACCAGCCUCCAUGGGCAUCUGAAUGAGUGCUUUCACAAGACCCUUCUCUCUCUAUGUGUCUGUCUCUCUCUCCUUCUCUCUCUGCAGUGUGCUUCAGUAGGGUGUGUCUGAUGUUGAACAGUGUUUCCUGAUACUAAAAAACAAACUUCAUUCCAAUGGUGUGAAUUUACUGUUGUGCACAAGCUAUCAGUGUUUUUGCAAACUUUCUUGUGCAAAGCUGUGAAUAGCUAAACUACAUGUUUUUAAAAAGAAAUGAAGCUCACAAACAAAAAUAAAUAUGUCUAUAAUGUGCAGAAGAGUUAAAUAUUACCAUUUUGGUGCCUGUUUCAAUUUAAUUUUACUACCAGCUACUGCUUUACAGUCUGUAAAGGUGAGAUUGCUCUGUUUAAUUUUGUCCUUAUUGGGGACAAUUGUUGCCACAGUACACUAAACUCUAGCGUCAAGAAUGAUAGUAAUUAUUACAAUGCACAUUGUGUUUCAGCUGAGUGAUGUGUGUGUGUGUGUAAUCUACUAGAUACUUAAACUGACAGACACUAGUUUUUACAGAAAGACCAUGUGCCAUGUGGUUCACAAGUGGGUCUUGCAUUUGUUGUGCUUUUUAUAUUUGUUUCCAAAUAAAGAUAAAUGUAUUUCUCUGAAGUUACUGAA